GGUUUCCAAAGGGCGUAUUUAUCUUCCACAGUGCUGCCUAAGUGUCGCUUAAUCAUCAAGUAUCUGAUUUCCUCCAAGUUAUCUGUCAUGCUGCUUAUGAUCUAGUGCCCAGGAGGGAGGGACGCAGAGGAUUUUGGCCAUGGCCCCAAGGAAAAGGAGCGGUCGGGGGAUCUCCUUCAUCUUCUGCUGCUUUCGCAGCAGCGACCACCCUGAGAUCACGUACCGGCUGCGCAAUGACAGCAGCUUUGCCCUGCAGACCAUGGAGCCUGCGCUGCCCAUGCCGCCAGUGGAGGAGCUGGACGUCAUGUUCACCGAGCUGGUGGAUGAACUUGACCUCACGGACAAGCACAGAGAGGCCAUGUUUGCGCUGCCGGCGGAGAAGAAGUGGCAGAUCUACUGCAGCAAGAAAAAAGACCAAGAAGAAAAUAAAGGAGCCACCAGCUGGCCAGAGUUUUAUAUCGACCAGCUGAAUUCAAUGGCUGCUAGAAAAUCACUGAUCGCCUUGGAAAAAGAAGACGAGGAGGAGAGAAAUAAAACAAUUGAAAGUUUGAAGACUGCACUGCGGACGAAACCAAUGAGGUUUGUAACCCGGUUCAUCGACCUGGAUGGCUUGUCGUGUAUUCUGAACUUUCUGAAAAGCAUGGACUAUGAGACGGCAGAGUCUCGAAUACAUACCUCGCUCAUUGGAUGUAUAAAAGCACUAAUGAACAACUCCCUGGGCCGGGCUCACGUCCUGGCCCAUUCAGAGAGUAUUAACGUAAUCGCUCAGAGUCUGAGCACAGAAAAUAUUAAGACGAAGGUGGCAGUGCUGGAAAUCAUGGGCGCUGUGUGCCUGGUUCCUGGGGGCCACAAAAAGGUACUGGAGGCGAUGCUGCACUACCAGAAAUAUGCCAGCGAACGGACCCGUUUUCAGACGCUGAUCAAUGACUUGGACAAGAGCACGGGGCGGUAUCGGGAUGAAGUGAGCCUCAAGACAGCCAUCAUGUCCUUCAUCAACGCGGUCCUGAGCCAGGGAGCAGGCGUGGAAAGCUUGGAUUUCAGACUCCAUCUGCGAUAUGAAUUUCUCAUGCUCGGGAUUCAGCCAGUCAUCGAUAAACUAAGAGAGCACGAGAAUUCAACCCUCGACCGGCACUUAGAUUUUUUCGAAAUGCUUAGAAAUGAAGACGAACUGGAAUUUGCCAAAAGAUUUGAGCUGGUCCACAUUGACACCAAAAGUGCGACUCAGAUGUUCGAGCUGACGAGGAAGAGGCUGACGCACACCGAGGCGUACCCGCACUUUAUGUCCAUCCUGCACCACUGUCUCCAAAUGCCUUAUAAAAGAAGCGGCAACACUGUCCAGUACUGGCUGCUGCUCGACAGGAUCGUGCAGCAGAUUGUCAUCCAGAGUGACAAAGGGCAGGACCCUGACGCCACUCCCCUGGAAAACUUCAAUAUUAAAAACGUCGUCCGGAUGUUAGUCAAUGAAAAUGAAGUGAAACAGUGGAAAGAGCAAGCAGAAAAAAUGCGAAAAGAGCAUACCGAGCUUCAGCAGAAGCUGGAGAAGAAGGAGCGGGAGUGUGACGCCAAGGCCCAGGAGAAGGAAGAAAUGAUGCAGACGCUGAACAAGAUGAAGGAGAAACUGGAGAAGGAGUCCAGUGAGCACAAGCAGGUCAAGCAGCAGGUGGCGGAUCUCACGGCACAGCUCCAUGAGAUGAGCAGGAGAGCGAUCUGUGCUGCCGUCCCUGGAGGACCUCCCUUGCCACCAGGAGCUCCUGGUGGCCCUUUCCCCUCUCCAGCUUCUGGA